GGAAACCUGACUCCUGGGAGCUGGAUCCCAAACAAACAAGCAUUGCCAAUGCUGUAAAAAGUAAACAGCAGAGGAAAAAGAGUCAGAAAAGAGAAAAGGUCAUCUUCUCCAAGCCUGAGACACCACAGAGGUAAAUCCUAGCCUUGCCCACAGUGGCAGUGGAUCCCAGAAGGAGCUGAGAUGGCCACUGCACCAAAAGAGGCAGAAAAUGCUAUUGGCUUGGAGGAAAUCCAUGCAGAGAGAAAAGAACCACCAAAAGGGCAGAAGACAUUUACAGUGGAAGAAGCUGUGGAAACCAUUGGGUUUGGGAGGUUCCAUAUCAUGCUUUUCCUCAUCAUGGGCAGCACUGGGGUGGCUGAAGCCAUGGAGAUCAUGCUGAUAGCGGUUGUGUCCCCUCUCAUCCGAUGCGAGUGGCAGCUCCAAGACUGGCAGGUGGCUUUAGUGACAACAAUGGUGUUUUUUGGCUACAUGGUGUUCAGCAUAGUGCUUGGGCUCCUGGCUGACAGGUACGGCCGCUGGAAGAUCCUGCUGCUCUCCUUCCUCUGGGCAGCCUAUUUCUCCCUGCUGACCUCGUUUGCCCCAUCCUACAUCUGGUUUGUGUUCCUGCGGGCCAUGGUGGGAGGCGGCGUGUCGGGCCACGCGCAAGGACUUAUCAUAAAAACGGAAUUUUUGCCCACCAAAUACCGGGGAUACAUGUUGCCCUUAUCUCAGGUGUUUUGGUUGGCAGGAUCCUUGUUAAUCAUUGGCCUGGCAUCAGUGGUGAACCCAACCAUUGGCUGGCGGUGGUUGAUCAGAAUUGCCUCCAUCCCUGGCAUCCUUCUCAUCCUGGUGUUCAAGUUCAUCCCAGAGUCGGCACGGUACAACGUGUCCACGGGAAACACGGGGGCUGCUCUGGCCACGCUGCAGAGGAUAGCCAGGAUCAACGGCGUGGCCAUGCCUCAGGGGCAGCUGAGGGAGCCUGCCAAGGAAAGAAGGGGAAGAUUCAAGGACCUCAUCCACUCCAAAUACCUCAGAACCACUUUGCAGAUAUGGAUCAUAUGGCUUGGCAUAGCUUUCGCUUAUUACGGUGUCAUCUUGGCCAGCGCAGAGCUGCUGGAGCGGGACCUUGUCUGUGGCUCCACAGCCCCGCCGCUGCAGGACUCCAGCGACGACUCUGAGGAGAGCCACAGCCCCUGCCACUGCCACUUGUUUGGGCCCGCUGCCUACCACACCAUGAUCAUCAGCACAGUCGGGGAGAUCGCACUAAAUCCUGUGAACAUUCUCAGCAUCAAUCUCCUCGGAAGACGUCUAAGCCUGUGUAUCACCAUGGGAUGUACAGCUCUAUUCUUUCUUCUCCUUAAUAUCUGCACCUCAAGCGCAGGUAUGACUGGCUUUCUCUUCAUGCUGCGUGCCUUGGUUUCAGCAAACUUCAACACCAUCUACAUUUACACGGCAGAGGUUUAUCCCACCACAAUGCGAGCACUUGGGAUGGGGACAAGUGGGUCAUUGUGCCGGGUGGGAGCAAUGGUGGCUCCAUUUAUAUCACAAGUUCUUAUGAGCGCUUCUUUCUUGGGGGCCCUGUGUCUUUUCUCCUCUGUGUGCAUCAUCUGUGCCAUUUCUGCAGUCACCCUGCCCAUCGAGACCAAGGGCAGGGCCCUGCAGGUGGGUACCACCACUCCAGAAGUUCCUGUGCAUCUCAAGGUUGUUAGGGACUGGUAGGUGCAGCCAGAAUCCAAACCCAACUCUCCUGAGGUUUCACAAGCCUGAUGGGCACUCACAGGAACGUGCUGCAGCAGCUUCAAGCACUGUUAUCCCAGUUGCUGAAAGCUUGUUUCUUGUGAAAGAACAAGCCAGGCUGCCAGCCCCAGCCACCUCGUGUAAGUGUGUGAGCUUUAGCUUGUGCAAGCCCCUCUUACAUCCAUCUCCAAUCUUGGCUUAAAGGUGCAGCUUCCCAGGCACAUGCCCUGCUCUGCCUGUGCUGCAAGGAGAGAGGACAGCAGAUGCACCUGAACUACCAAAGUAAUUUCUUAAUCAAAUUCAAGGCAAGGCCCCCACUUUCAUCAGUCCAUCAGCUAAGCCCUUGUGGUCAGUGUUUUCUAUAAAGCAAUCAGACCAAAGAUUAAGGGGGAUAGUUCAAAUUCAGCAGUCUCCCACGUGCAAGUCACACCAGUUAAAUUAGAGCAGUCCUGUGAUUCUAUUAAAUUCAUCUCUACCAGCAUGGGGAUUUUCAUGGCAUGCAGCAGCCAGAACCACUCUGUGUCACUCUGCAGUCUGACCUGUAUAAAGCAUAAGACCAUAGGCUAAGAAUAAUCCAUACUCUGUAGCAGCCUAGAACAUGGCAGAUAUUUGAUCAAACUAGUUUAUGAGGGUUUCCAAACCAGACUUCAAAAAACCCAUCCCUACAAACACAGGGAUUUCCUGUCAGAAGUGACACUUUUUGGACAUAUGCAAACACAGUACUUUCCACUGUAUCCAUUCCUGUUGGAUUUUAUGUGCAUUUUAUU